AUGGCGCCCAAAAAUCGCAUCAUCAUCGACACCGACCCGGGCGUGGACGACGUCCUCGCCAUCCUGCUUGCCCUCGCCGCCAACGCUGAUGAGCUUGAAGUGCUCCUCAUCUCGAUUACAUUCGGCAAUGUCGAUGUACGCUCCUGCUUACGCAACGUCGUCGCCAUCUUUCAUGUUCUGGAGAAAGAAACUGCAUGGCGCGAGCAACAGGGCAAACCAGUCGGUUUCGAAGGUCUCACCAAAUUCAAGCCGAUCGUAGCCAUCGGUGCGGACGAGCCCCUGCAGGAUCGCAUCGAGAGCGCCGAUUAUUUUCAUGGCACGGAUGGAUUGGCGGGGACGCAUACGAGUCAUCCCCAUUUCUCUCCCGAAGAGAGUUGGAAUAGGCUGUUCGAACAGCCUCCACCGGACAGUUUCAUUACUGAGAAGGCCAAGCCUGAAGUCGACCUCAAGGAAGACACAAAUUCCUUUAUCCCUUCGCUCGAGCCUGCACACAAGGAGAUUCUCCGCCUCCUGCGGGAGAAUGAACCGAACACCAUCACCCUGAUUGCCAUUGGCCCGCUCACCAACUUUGCCCUCGCCGCGGCCGAAGACCCGGAGACCUUUUUGAGAUGUAAAGAAGUUGUCACCAUGGGGGGCACAGUCGACGGGAUCGGCAACGUCACGCCCGUAUCGGAGUUCAACGUCUACGCCGACCCCUACGCCGCAGCUCGAGUGUAUGCACUCUCGUCACCCAUCCCAGCGAGUACAAUGCCCGUCGCAACCGAAGGGGAGCGCAGUUUCUGCCUCGCACAAUAUCCUCCGCACCUGCCCAGACAGCUGAGGCUCACGCUCAUGAGCCUCGACAUUACGGAAUACCACAUGCUCAGCCGCGGUGAAUUCAACACCUUCGCAAAGCCUCACCUCGAUGCCGGUUCACCGCUCGCGGCGUGGAUGACCGCGUUCAUGACGCCCAUGCUCGACAAGAUGGAACGGCUACACAUCGGCCACGAGGGCGAUGGCGCGGCGUUGGCCCUGCAUGAUCCGCUAUGUAUCUGGUACGUCCUGACGCACGACGAUCCGGCGUGGAAAGCCAGCGUGCGGAGUCCCGAGGAUAUCCGAAUUGAGACCGCCGGCCAGUGGACCAGAGGCAUGACGGUGGGCGAUAAACGGGCCAGGCGGAGGAGGAAUUCGGACGGCGAGGUGCCCCAUGAUAGAGGCAACUGGCUGGGAAACAGGAGUGGGAAUCGUGUGUAUCGCAUGCUAGAGAGCCCCGGCAGGGAGGAAGCCUCGAAAUACCUUUUGAAGGCGAUUUUCGGCGCCUGA